GCUGAGUGAUUCAUUUCGCCGGUAACAUGCAAACAAACAGGCCCGUGGAUUUGCGGACCAGUGUAAAUUCGAUUAAAUCGAAGGUCUAAUUUUGGAAAUUGUUUUUACUUCGGAUCUAGCGUUAUCUCCAAACGAUGAUAAUGUUUUGAGUGUCUACAUACACGAAAGGAGGAGAAAGCGAUGAUCCGCAAUAUGAUGGUAGGCAGGCUACUGUACGUAUGCUGUCUGCAUAGCGCUCGUGCAUAGCCAGCCGGUUAUCGAUUUGUAUGUUAAUGACGAAAAUUCCCUUUGGAAAAUUUAUGUGUUGUUUUUGGACUGAUGUUGGGUUGUGCUAGGAGUGUGGGCUGAUUGUCGAGACCACACCCAUCAUAAUGUCCCGACCCCAGGGCCGUAGUCUACAUGGGUCGCACCACAAGGAAGAGCAGUAUGUUGGGCCAUACAAACUCGAGAAAACACUGGGCAAAGGACAGACAGGCUUGGUAAAACUUGGUGUUCAUUGUAUCUCUGGUAAAAGAGUGGCAAUCAAAAUUGUCAACCGAGAGAAGCUGAGUGAGUCUGUCCUGAUGAAGGUGGAAAGGGAAAUUGCAAUAAUGAAGCUUAUAGAACAUCCGCAUGUAUUGGGACUGUAUAAUGUGUAUGAAAAUAAGAAAUACUUGUAUUUAAUAUUAGAGCAUGUAUCUGGUGGGGAGCUGUUUGACUACCUCGUGAAGAAGGGCCGUCUCACACCAAAAGAGGCACGGCGAUUCUUCAGACAAAUUAUUUCAGCGCUAGACUUUUGCCAUAGCCAUAACAUUUGUCACAGAGACCUGAAGCCAGAGAACCUGCUGUUAGAUGACAAGAACAACAUACGGGUAGCUGACUUUGGUAUGGCCUCGCUUCAGGUGGAGGGCUCUAUGCUGGAGACCAGUUGUGGGUCACCACAUUAUGCAUGUCCUGAAGUCAUAAGGGGCGAGAAGUACGACGGUCGAAAAGCCGAUGUCUGGAGCUGUGGUGUGAUACUUUACGCAUUGUUAGUUGGUGCGCUUCCAUUUGAUGAUGACAAUCUUAGGCAGCUUUUAGAAAAAGUUAAAAAAGGUGUGUUUCACAUUCCACAUUUUGUUCCUCCUGACUGUCAAAACUUAUUACGUGGGAUGAUAGAGGUGGACCCACAUAGAAGACUUACACUUGAAGAUAUUCAUCGCCAUCCAUGGGUCCUGGCGGAUAGUCAGGGCCAUUUAGAGUUAGAAUUACCUGUCGCCCAAAUUGUACAGACCUCCAUUAUCCCAACAAUAGCUGACCUUGACCCUGAUGUACUUUCUACCAUGAACUCACUGCAAUGCUUUAAAGAUAAAGACAAAUUAGUGGAAGAAUUGCUGAACUCAAAACAUAAUACAGAAAAGGUUGUGUAUUUUUUGCUAUUAGAUAGAAAAUUACGGAACCCCAGUGUAGAGGAUGAGCUGGAUAUACGAACUCGGUCAGAGUCCGGUAAGUUAGCUGCGGAUCCACCAAGAAAGAGAGUGGAUGCUGUCCAGCUAAAUGGUCAGCCGAGUAGGUUAUCCCUAGGAAGUAUUAGUGAAGGAUCUCCAGUUGCAUCUCGUAGAGCCCUGGCCGUUCAGCAAGUACGGAAGGCGAGUUUGACUGGCAGUCCCAGCUCCUCCCCCAUCGUGAGCCCACGCCUACCAGUGAGAGGUACCCCCUCCCACAGCCCAUCCGCCACACCUCCUGGUUCCCCUAGUAUACAGUCCACAGCCUGGAAGUCUCGGCUACACACCAUCAAAAAUAGUUUUCUCGGCUCACCACGCUUUCACAGGCGAAAAUUACAAGUGCCUACUGAAGAAAGUACAUUGUCUAUGACUCCUGACUCUUCCCCAGAGAUGACUAAGAAAUCGUGGUUUGGGGCCCUGAUGGGUGCUGAUCGCGAGGAGCAUCACUUCAUUAUGGCCCAAGACAAACAGCUGAGCCAGGUGAAGGCGGACCUCAUACAUGCAUUCCUCUCAACGGCAGACCUUUCUCACAAUGUGGUAUCCACGACAACCUUUCGUGCAGAGUACCGGCGGACAGGAAGCUCUUCUAUGUUCUCAAGAAAUGUUAGAUUUCAGGUGGAUAUCACGCCUGCAACUCACGGAGGCGGGCCAUCAGAGUGUAACAUGUUCUGUCUCACCUUCACCUUGAUAUCAGGUCCAUCACGUAGAUUCCGGCGGGUGUGUGAACACCUACAAAAUCUGAUGCUGGGGCCAAGGGGUGAUGCCCUCAAUCAGCGUAAAGUUAGCACAGACAGUACAUCAUCAUACACUUCAGAGACGGGCAUGUCUCCCACUCACAGCUGCUCAGCCAAGGAGAAUGGGGACGAUCAGGAGGUGUUUGACAGAAGGAUAUCCAAAACCCCUACACCUACCCGACGUGAAGUUCCACGUGUUAUUACCAAUGGCAAGCGUGUUUUAGUCGACCAUAAUGUGCGCAAAGAUAAAGUCUGACCAUGAUUUAAUUUCUUAGGACUUAAAUACAAUGCGUCUGUGUUCACACAGAUCAAUCAUCAAAUAAAUGUAAGCCAAAGGUCUGUUUACUAUUAUGUUGAAGGCCAUUGAAGAGAUUGUUUUAAGGGGUAAAGAAUAGUGAUCCAGAAAUCAAAAUAUUGGAAUCGUAACCAAUGACCGAAGUGGAUUUAUUAGUCAUGUAUCGGGUAUUCAUCAGAAACUACUGUCUGGCUGUACCAACCUCUAAUUUUAGUUGAGGGUGGACAGGUGGAAAAAGAAAGUUGUUUGAAGCUGACCUGGUCCAAGGACUGGUUAGAUUAUGUCGUGGUGCUGCAUAUGUUGUCUGUUCAUGGUAUCGAUUAAUUAAGAAUCACAACUAUUCAAGAACAAAUGAGCAGAUUUUCACUUAAUUCUGUCAGAAACAUCCUUGGAGGAAGGAGCUAGCAUUGUAAGAAAUUGUGAGUCUGGUGCCUAAAAUGCAGCUGGCUCCGUCGGAGGCAAUUAUGCUAAUUUAGCUUUAUAGGAAUAACAGGACUUUGUCAGUGUCAAGUAAUGGUUGGUGGAAGAGACCCAAUUUUGUGUAAAUGGUUGGUCUGACCUGAGGCCCAGAAUUCCUUCAAAAUGGCAUGAUGCAUUUUGAUUAAGGUUAGGGGUUAGAGUUAGGGUCUGAAGCGAUAUUUGGUAAAUUUUGUUUGUAGAAUUCUUGGGUGAGGGGAUAAAAAAAACCCAACAGGAAGCAGUGGAUUUGGGUCAAAUAGAAGACAUGAAAAUUAAUUAUUGAAAUAGUGAGUACUUUUCAAAAGAAUUUGCUUUGAAUCAUCUUUGUAGAUUUGACUCCCAUGCAUAAUGCUCAGAGAAAGAUCUCAGAAUGUUAGAAUAUUUUAAACAUAACUUAAAAGGUAGUGUUUUGUCAUGAUCAUUGAAAUAUCCAGGUGAGCAAUACUGGCCUUCGCGACCUCUUGUUAUCACCUACAACUAUGAGCCCUCAUUAACUGAUGUUCCAAGGUCAUUUGACAUCAGCAAAGAUGACCAUCUUCAAGAGGACCAAUCACACCUCUCAGGACCCAUCAAACAUUAUUCUGCAUGGAUUUUCAUUGACAGUUAUGAUUGAUGAUGUCAGUGUGAAGGAAACAUUGAAAGAUUUAAAUAUAUCAACACAUUUUUAAGUCUGCAUCAAUGGCUGUUAUAAGUUUCAAAGUAUGUAUGGAUCACAGGCAAUGUGUACUGGGGGAAAAUGUAGUGUGUAAAAGUAUAGUUGGGGAGGGACAUUACAAUUUUGGUUGUGACAAAGGAUGUUACAUGCAGUGUGUGAGGGAAUGGAUGACAUACAGGGUUUGAGGGAAUGGAUGACAUACAGAGUGUGAGGGAUAACAUACAGGGUGUGAGGGAAUGGAUAACAUACAGGGUGUGAGGGAACGAAUGACAUACAGGGUGUGAGGGAAUGGAUGACAUACAGGGUGUGAGGGAAUGGAUGACAUACAGGGGGAGGGGGAAUGGAUGACAUACAGGGUGUGAGGGAAUGGAUGACAUACAGUGUGUGAGGGAAUGGAUAACAUACAGGGUGUGAGGAUAACAUACAGGGUGUGAGGGAAUGGAUGACAUACAGGGUGUGAGGGAAUGGAUGACAUACAGGGUGUGAGGGAUAACAUACAGGGUGUGAGGGAAUGGAUGACAUACAGUGUGUGAGGGAAUGGAUGACAUACAGGGUGUGAGGGAAUGGAUAACAUACAGGGUGUGAGGGAUAACAUACAGGGUGUGAGGGAAUGGAUGACAUACAGGGUGUGAGGGAAUGGAUAACAUGCAGGGUGUGAGGGAUAACAUACAGGGUGUGAGGGAAUGGAUGACAUACAGGGUGUGAGGGAUAACAUACAGGGUGUGAGGGAAUGGAUGACAUAGAGGGUGUGAGGGAAUGGAUGACAUACAGAGUGUGAGGGAUAACAUACAGGGUGUGAGGGAAUGGAUGACAUACAGGGUGUGAGGGAAUGGAUGACAUACAGGGUGUGAGGGAAUGGAUGACAUACAGGGUGUGAGGGAAUGGAUAACAUACAGGGUGUGAGGGAUAACACACAGGGUGUGAGGGAUAACAUACAGGGUGUGAGGGAUAACAUACAGGGUGUGAGGGAAUGGAUGACAUACAGGGUGUUAGGGAUAACAUACAGGGUGUGAGGGAAUGGAUGACAUAGAGGGUGUGAGGGAAUGGAUGACAUACAGAGUGAGGGAUAACACACAGGGUGUGAGGGAAUGGAUGACAUACAGGGUGUGAGGGAAUGGAUGACAUACAGGGUGUGAGGGAAUGGAUAACAUACAGGGUGUGAGGGAAUGGAUGACAUACAGGGUGUGAGGGAAUGGAUGACAUACAGGGUGUGAGGGAUAACAUACAGGGUGUGAGGGAUAACAUACAGGGUGUGAGGGAAUGGAUGACAUACAGUGUGUGAGGGAAUGGAUGACAUACAGGGUGUGAGGGAAUGGAUAACAUACAGGGUGUGAGGGAUAACAUACAGGGUGUGAGGGAAUGGAUGACAUACAGGGUGUGAGGGAAUGGAUAACAUGCAGGGUGUGAGGGAUAACAUACAGGGUGUGAGGGAAUGGAUGACAUACAGGGUGUGAGGGAUAACAUACAGGGUGUGAGGGAAUGGAUGACAUAGAGGGUGUGAGGGAAUGGAUGACAUACAGAGUGUGAGGGAUAACAUACAGGGUGUGAGGGAAUGGAUGACAUACAGGGUGUGAGGGAAUGGAUGACAUACAGGGUGUGAGGGAAUGGAUGACAUACAGGGUGUGAGGGAAUGGAUAACAUGCAGGGUGUGAGGGAUAACAUACAGAGUGUGAGGGAAUGGAUAACAUACAGGGUGUGAGGGAAUGGAUAACAUACAGGGUGUGAGGGAUAACAUACAGGGUGUGAGGGAAUGGAUAACAUACAGGGUGUGAGGGAAUGGAUGACAUACAGGGUGUGAGGGAAUGGAUGACAUACAGGGUGUGAAGGAAUGGAUGACAUACAGGGUGUGAGGGAAUGGAUAACAUGCAGGCGCGAUAUCAGGAGGAGUCUGUUGUUAGGGGUAAGAUCUUGUAAGGAGGGAUGUCAGGAGGAGUCUGUUGUUAUGGGUAAGAUCUGGUAAGGAGGGAUGUCAGGAGGAGUCUGUUGUUAUGGGUAAGAUCUUGUAAGGAGGGAUGUCAGGAGGAGUCUGUUGUUAGGGGUAAGAUCUGGUAAGGAGGGAUGUCAGGAGGGGUCUGUUGUUAGGGGUAAGAUCUGGUAAGGAGAGAUGUCAGGAGGGCUCUGUUGUUAGGGGUAAGAUCUGGUAAGGAGAGAUGUCAGGAGGGCUCUGUUGUUAGGGGUAAGAUCUGGUAAGGAGAGAUGUCAGGAGGGGUCUGUUGUUAUGGGUAAGAUCUGGUAGGGAGGGAUGUCAGGAGGGGUCUGUUGUUAGGGGUAGGAUCUGGUAGGGAGGGAUGUCAGGAGGGGUCUGUUGUUAUGGGUAAGAUCUGGUAAGGAAGGAUGUCAGGAGGAGUCUGUUGUUAGGGAUAAGAUCUGGUAGGGAGGGAUGUCAGGAGGGGUCUGUUGUUAUGGGUAAGAUCUGGCAGGGAGGGAUGUCAGGAGGAGUCUGUUGUUAUGGGUAAGAUCUGGUAGGGAGGGAUGUCAGGAGGGGUCUGUUGUUAUGGGUAAGAUCUGGUAGGGAGGGAUGUCAGGAGGAGUCUGUUGUUAUGGGUAAGAUCUGGUAAGGAGAGAUGUCAGGAGGGGGCUGUUGUUAUGGGUAAGAUCUGGUAGGAAGGGAUGUCAGGAGGGGUCUGUUGUUAUGGGUAAGAUCUGGUAAGGAGAGAUGUCAGGAGGGGUCUGUUGUUAUGGGUAAGAUCUGGUAGGGAGGGAUGUCAGGAGGGGUCUGUUGUUAGGGGUAAGAUCUGGUAGGGAGGGAUGUCAGGAGGAGUCUGUUGUUAGGGGUAAGAUCUGGUAAGGAGGGAUGUCAGGAGGAGUCUGUUGUUAUGGGUAAUAUCUGGUAAGGAGGGAUGUCAGGAGGAGUCUGUUGUUAGGGGUAAGAUCUGGUAAGGAGAGAUGUCAGGAGGGCUCUGUUGUUAGGGGUAAGAUCUGGUAAGGAGAGAUGUCAGGAGGGGUCUGUUGUUAUGGGUAAGAUCUGGUAGGGAGGGAUGUCAGGAGGGGUCUGUUGUUAUGAGUAAGAUCUGGUAGGGAGGGAUGUCAGGAGGAGUAUGUUGUUUUGGGUAAGAUCUGAUAAGGAGAGAUGUCAGGAGGGGUCUGUUGUUAUGGGUAAGAUCUUGUAAGGAGGGAUGUCAGGAGGGCUCUGUUGUUAUGGGUAAGAUCUGGUAAGGAGGGAUGUCAGGAGGGGUCUGUUGUUAUGGGUAAGAUCUGGUAAGGAGAGAUGUCAGGAGGGCUCUGUUGUUAUGGGUAAGAUCUGGUAAGGAGGUAUGUCAGGAGGGCUCUGUUGUUAUGGGUAAGAUCUGGUAAGGAGGGAUGUCAGGAGGGGUCUGUUGUUAUGGGUAAGAUCUGGUAGGAAGGGAUGUCAGGAGGGGUCUGUUGUUAUGGGUAAGAUCUGGUAGGGAGGGAUGUCAGGAGGGGUCUGUUGUUAUGGGUAAGAUCUGGUAAGGAGGGAUGUCAGGAGGGGUCUGUUGUUAUGGGUAAGAUCUGAUAGGGAGGAAGGGUAUGAAAAAGGGAUGCAAAUAGAAUGAAGGAACUUGGGAGACCAGGAAAAUUGGGUAAGUGUAAGUUUUGUGAUGGUGAGAUUGUGUAAAUACUGGAAACUUUGUUUGGAUGUUCACUGUAUCAUUGAGUGCUGUAAUGAGGAUGUUCACUGUACCUAUCAUUGAGUGCUGUAAUGAGGAUGUUCACUGUAUCGUUGAGUGCUGUAAUGAGGAUGUUCACUGUACCUAUCAUUGAGUGCUGUAAUGAGGAUGUUCACUGUAUCGUUGAGUGCUGUAAUGAGGAUGUUCACUGUACCUAUCAUUGAGUGCUGUAAUUAGGAUGUUCACUGUACCUAUCAUUGAGUGCUGUAAUGAAGAUGUUCACUGUACCUAUCAUUGAGUGCUGUAAUGAGGAUGUUCACUGUACCUAUCAUUGAGUGCUGUAAUGAGGAUACAGUGCUAUUUGAUAUGUGAUAGUAGGUGACAGAUGCUGCAAUAUGGUUUUUUUAUUCUGUGUUAAUAUGCUGAUAAAAGUGACUUGUGUUAACAGAUAGAAAAUGCAACUGAUCAUUUAUAUAGGUACAAAUGUGUUCUCCGUUUUAUUGUGAACAUUCUCAAACUGUUACAACAAACAUCCCCCACUUAAACAAUAGGGUUUGUGUAAUACAUAUUAGUAUUAUACGUCCUUGUUACUAUAUAUGCAAUUUUUAUAAGUGAAUAUAGCAUAUGAUAUUGAGAUGUAUUGUUUCCUUCAUAGCCCCACUUCAUUUAUUGGGGGAAAUUAUUGAGUCUUUAUUUCAAUCUCACACAUUUAAAGUUGAUUUGUAAGUCCGCUAAAACAAAGUCUGUAAUGGUAAUCUACUGUAGAACCAAGCUGAAAUUUCUUAAUGAGUUUCUCAAUACCCAGAUAUAGUAGAAUCAAACACUCCUCAUAGAUUGAAAGCUCUUGUUGCUUAACAAUUACAUGUAACCAAAAUUGUGAAUACCCAGGGUAUCUAAAGAAUCAUCUUUAAUGGGCUUUGUGUUUUGCCAGAAGUGCCUAGGGUAGCAUUAUAUAUAUAUAUAUAUACAUGAGUGAUAUUACAGGUCAAAUACGUAAGAAAUUACAUCUUCACAAGUUUCAUCAGACCUUAGUACUGUUAUUUGGCAGGGAGGUGUCUGGGAUUGAAUGGUAUUAAUUCACCUCUUAUAAAUGAUCUUUACUUGUUUUCAAGGUCACUUUUGGGGUUAAAUAUGUUAAAUCUUAUUUUUCAAUCUUUUGAAUCUGAAGUUUCAUAAGAAACAAGAAUGAUGUGCUAGUUAGCACAUGGGAUGGAGUGCUUUAAAUUUUUCUCAUAUAAAGUACUUUGACCUAUUCUCAAGAUCAUAAGAGGUCAAUUACCUUUAUUCUAGAAUCUUUUUCUCAAGGACUAGCAGACCAAGAGUCCUGAUAUUAUGACAGCAGAAACAAGUUUCCACAUAUUAAACACCUUGACCUACAGAAUGUAUUUUGAAGGCCACAAUGGUCAAAUAUGGUACAAAUUAUGUAGAUGUACAACUUUAAGUUCCUGUUUACAGAUAUUCUACUUCUAUAACAUUUUUGCAAAAUAUAAUAUCCAGUGUUAUAUUUCAUUACAUGCUUUGCAAAAUGAUUAAUUUAUCUUGAUGUCAGCCUUAAAUCCAAGUCACAUGCUAUUGUACACAUGGUUACGGUGAGUGAGUUGGUAACAUUUUCUGUACAAGAGAGAUUAUAUUAUGUUUGAAAUAAAUAUUGUAGCAUUUAUAUACAUGUAGAAAGAAUGUUUUAUGUCGGCAAUAUAAAUUGCAAAAGUGGAAGAAAAAACUAUAUGGAUGUAUUUGAGUUAGAUGUGUGUUAUUACGGAAAUUGGAAGUUAUUGUGGAAAAUAUUGAUCAUUUCAUUGUAUCUUAUACCAAAUGAGACACUGACCGUAUAAUAACAUUGUAUCUUAUACCAAAUGAGACAUUGACCGUAUAAUAAGUACAUGUUAAGUCUACUGAUCGUGAACUCUUAUGCAACUAAUGAGUAUGUCAGAUGAGAUUUAGUUUGGUGUAUGUCAGAUGAGAUUUAGUUUGGUGUAUGUCAGAUGAGAUUUAGUUUGGUGUAUGUUAGAUGUUUUGGAAAUGUAAUAUAACUCAGACAUUACUCUGAAAGUGAUACCAGUAAUUACUUUAUCACCAAGAUGUGAUGUCAUCACUGUGACAUCAUCUCCCUGAAAGUGAUAGUGGUAAUUAUAUAAUUACUUCAUAAUUGGGAUGUGACGUCAUGGAUCUUACUAUGAAACCGGUAAUUACUUAAUCACUGAGAUGUGCCAACAUCGCCCUGAAAGUGAUGGUGGUAAUUGCUUCCUUAUUUAUCAUGAGAUGUGAUGAUAUCGCUCGGAAAUUGAUGCUCUUAAUGUAAUUACUUGGUCAUUGAGAUAUGACGUCAUUUCUCUAUGAAACCGGUAAUUACGCCAUCAUUGAGGUGUGACGACCCUGCAUUAUAUUUGUUAUAAUCAAUUCAGGCUUGACUUCUAUCUCACCUGAAGGAAGGAUAAGUCUAACGUAAUUUAACUAAGAUUGUACAUUAAAACAUUUCUCCAUGCAUUGUGUGAUAUGGUAUGAUUACCACAACAGAAUGUAUGCUUAGAGAUGGACCACCAUUUGAUGUUAGUGUAGGGUUUGUAUCAUGUGGAUAUUUUUAUAUGCAGGAGAGCUUGCUCUUAAUCACGUAUUUAAUUGCAAUUUGUAUCAUUUACUUCAAUUCAUAACAUGGUAUAGCCUGAAUCAUUGAUGAAAGUCGGUGAAGAUUGGAAUAAAGAAAUCAAAUCACA